GAGUUUGAAUAGGGUGAAUGGAGGAGUAGGGUUAGCCAUCGUCGUUGUGUGAGGUGAAGAAAGGCUGUCGGGAGCGAUACCUCGAGAGGAGGUCGUGAGAGGCUGACGAAGUAAAGCCUUCCCACCCGCCAUGUCGUUGCACGGGAAGCGCAAGGAGAUCUACAAGUACGAGGCUCCAUGGACCGUCUACGCCAUGAAUUGGAGUGUCAGGCCCGACAAGCGCUUUCGACUUGCCCUAGGCAGCUUCGUAGAAGAGUACAAUAACAAGGUUCAGCUUGUUGGGUUGGAUGAAGAAAGCUCUGAAUUCAUUUGCAGAAAUACUUUUGAUCACCCCUAUCCUACUACCAAGCUCAUGUGGAUACCAGAUACCAAAGGAGUUUAUCCAGACCUUUUGGCAACCAGUGGUGAUUAUCUGCGGGUGUGGAGAGUGGGUGAAACAGAGACCAGGCUAGAAUGUCUGCUGAACAACAAUAAGAAUUCUGAUUUUUGUGCUCCACUGACUUCCUUUGAUUGGAAUGAAGUGGAUCCUUAUCUCUUAGGUACUUCUAGCAUUGACACAACUUGUACUAUUUGGGGUUUGGAAACUGGCCAGGUCUUGGGAAGAGUGAAUUUAGUGUCUGGCCAUGUCAAGACUCAGUUGAUUGCCCAUGACAAAGAGGUCUAUGAUAUUGCAUUCAGCCGUGCAGGAGGUGGGAGAGACAUGUUUGCUUCUGUUGGUGCUGAUGGCUCAGUGAGGAUGUUUGACCUAAGGCACUUGGAACAUAGCACUAUUAUCUAUGAGGAUCCUCAGCACCAUCCUUUACUUCGCCUUUGCUGGAAUAAACAAGAUCCUAAUUACCUUGCAACAAUGGCAAUGGAUGGUAUGGAGGUGGUGAUUCUAGAUGUCAGAGUUCCUUGCACACCAGUUGCCAGGCUGAACAAUCAUCGAGCAUGUGUAAAUGGUAUUGCUUGGGCACCACAUUCUUCUUGCCAUAUCUGUACAGCAGCGGAUGACCAUCAAGCUCUCAUUUGGGAUAUCCAGCAAAUGCCUCGUGCCAUUGAGGACCCAAUUUUGGCUUACACAGCAGAAGGAGAAAUUAACAAUGUACAGUGGGCAUCAACCCAGCCGGACUGGAUAGCUAUCUGUUAUAACAAUUGUCUAGAAAUCCUGAGAGUGUAAAAAUAACUCGGUUAUGGGAAAUAAUGAAGCAGAUUGGUAGUCUUUCAGUCUUCUAAAGUUAAGAACAAAGUUGCAUUGAAACAGUGUCACUAGCUCUUAUUAACUUCUUCCAGGAAGACUUACAACUGAAGUUAAUGAGUAUAUAUGAUGAACUUCUUACCCAUCGUUUCCCUCUCUUACCUUCCCCACUCCAUGCCAAUGACUUAAAAAUGCAGGGAUAUCCUUGGUGUUUUAGAUCAUCUCAGAUUUUAUCAACAUAUUCAAUUAAAGUUAUGUAUAUAUUAUGGCCAUUUGUGUUGAGCAUUUUUAUUGCAAUGGCACUGAAUGCCAAUUAACAUUCUACCUGAAAUAAUUUGUUAUAGAUGCCUAAAAGCUAUUCAUUGUUAUAGCAGUCUAACAAUACCUUUUAUUAAAUAGUAUAUUCUUUUUCUCUCCCUCCCUGGUUCUAGGCAAUUUCUUUGAUACCAGUUAUGAGGUAUCAUAAUUAUCAGGGCUUCUAUGCAACUAAGCUCUGCUUUAGUUAAAAUUGUCCUUUGCCUAUAAGCAAGGACUUGUCCUUUGCAGGAUUUGUUGGAGGAUACAUUUUACUCCUGCAAAAAUAUCUUAGAUUGAAACUUUAAUUUAAUAUGCUACAUUAGAUAAUCAUCCAAAUGUUGUUGUCCCUUCUCUACAACUAAACACUCUUCAAAAGUGAUUGAACUGUGGGUAUAAACUGUGGGUAUUUGGAUACAUACCUAGUAUCUUGAGUACAAAAGUGCAUCUAGUUUUAAAUUGUAUAUGUGUGUGGCCCUUAUAACUAUAUAUUAUUUACUAAAAUGUAGGAACCACUUCAGCAACAAGUGGUUUUUACAGUUCUACUAGAUGAGCAUUUGCCUGAUGAGAAGUUUUGCUUAAACUUUCAACAGCAGUUUUUAUAUCAUUUUUCUUAGCAGCGAUACAAUUAUGCAAAACAAACAAAAAUCUUUCCAUAAGGCAGCAAAGCUUUUACACAUACUACAAUGUUGAGAAUUAUAUGUUAACAUGGAAUGGUUACUUUUUUCUGAAAAAAUGAUCAGAUAGAUGCAAUUUAUGGAACUUCAAAAUGUUCAAGCAUUUUGUGUAUAUUAAUAUGCUGCUUAUUCCAUAUCAAGCUGCUUUGAUAGUGUCACCUGUAUAUGUAUGAUAGCUCUUCUCUGAUAUACUAAAAUGAGUGUAUUUAUGAUUGAUUCUUCCUCCUUCACAAAGGAAUAACUUAUUUAGAUUUCAGAGAAGAGGUCAUAGUUUCAUAUCAGACAGCAUUUUUCCACAGUAACUUGAAGGAGGUAUGAUCAGAAAGUAACCACCAAUCGUGUAUAUAGUAAGAUCAAUUGUGACAAGACUAUUAAUUAUUUGUCUAAUAAUAUGUGAGUAUAGUACAGCUGAGAGAAAAAUAUAAUUGAUAUAUACAUACCUAAACUGGUCUAAGCACCAUGGGCAUAAGAUGUAUCUUAGACCAUGGGCAUAAGAUGUAUCUAUUAAAGGAGCCAAAAUGCAGAUCUAACAUGCAGUGUUGGAUUGUCAAGUGAUGAAUAUGGAUUUGUGAUAUCUGUUUUACAAGGAACAAUGUUCUUAUUGUAUGGGAUAUUAAAUAAUAUGGGCCUUUGUUUUUACUACCAAUUCUGAACUGUAACACGUUAUGUAUCCCAGUGUGAUGAUUUCUUAAAGGUGUGAAAUUUGUAGCAUGACUGUAUAAAGUUCCAAACUUCUUGUUCUUUCAAUGAGCAAUAGCACUGAUUUAUGUUCCACUCCCAAGUAUUGCAUAUAUUUUCUAAACCAAUAUUGUUAGGCAAAAUUGUUACUAAUCUUAUCUUUAUGUGGCAGACAAUGGUUAAUAUUGAAAUAUUUUGAUUUUUAUGGAAAAAUACAUGAAAUGGAUUUUAUCUUGAUUUAGAACACUAAUUUCUGAAUUGUAUUGACAUGCUGUACAAAUUUUAAACAGUUUUUUAAGGAGUUUGAAGUAGAAUGCUGGAAUUUUUAAAUUGUCAAUCUUGCUUCCUCUGCAUAUUUUGGUUUGUUCCAUUCCUACUUCCUUAUGUGAAUUCUGCCUUUCUUACGUUUUAAUAAAAUGGAACAUUUCUAAAUUA